CGCCGGGCCGCGCCUGCCGGGGGGCCCGCAGCCCCCCCUCUUCAGCCGCUUCGUCUGCACCCCGCUGAGCGCCGAGUGCCCGGCCACCGGCACCGGCCCCGGCCCGUCCACCGGCCCCGGCCCGGAGGAGCUGCUGGCGCUGCGGAGCGCGGCGGCCCAGCUGCGCCGCACGGCGCUGGAGCAGAAGGAGCGGAUCCGCAUGGACCAGGAGACCAUCCGGGAGCUCACCGGCAAGCUCAGCCGCUGCGAGGGCGGCCUGCGGAACCCCCCCGCCGCCGCCGCCGCUCCCCCCGCCGCCGGGCUCCGCGCCGCCCCGCGCCCCGGCACCAUGGGGCACCCCCCCGCCGAACCGCCCGCCGUGCGGGAGCUGGAGGAGGCCGUCCGCGCCCUCCAGGACCGCAUCGACCGGAUAGAGCAGGAACUGCCAGCCCGCACCAACGGCUCCUCACCCACCGCCCCAGCGCUCGCCCGCGACGCCCUCCACACCAAGAUGGAGCAGCUGGAGGAGCAGCUCCUCUCCAAGAUCCUGACCCUGCAGAAGGAGCGCCAGGCCGCCAACACCGACCGCAGCCAGCAGCAGCACAACAUCGAGAAGGAGCUGAACUCCCUCCAGAACCGGGUGACGGAGCUUGAGCACGGACCACCAGGCUACAGCCCUCCCGAUGCUUUCAAGGUGACCAUCCCAGUGCAGAACAACUACAUGUAUGCCCGCAUGAAGAAGAGCCUGCCGGAGCUCUACGCCUUUACUAUCUGCAUGUGGCUGAAGUCCAAGGCCCUGGCAGGGCUUGGCACCCCUUUCUCCUACUCUGUCCCAACCCAAUCCAAUGAGAUUGUGCUGCUGGAGUGGGGCACCAACCCCCUGGAACUGCUCAUCAAUGACAAGGUUGCCCAGCUGCCUCUGAGCCUGAAGGACAAGGCCUGGCACCACGUCUGUGUGGCGUGGACCACCCGGGAUGGCAAGUGGUCAGCGUACCAGGACGGUGAGCAGCGGGGUGCUGGUGAGAACCUGGCCUCCUGGCACGCCAUCAAGCCCCAGGGCGUCAUCAUCCUGGGCCAGGAGCAGGACACACUGGGCGGCCGUUUUGAUGCCACGCAGGCCUUCGUGGGGGAGCUGGCGCAGUUCAACGUGUGGGACCACAUGCUGGCACCAGCAGAGAUCCUGGGCUUGGCCAACUGCACCUCCCACCUUCAAGGCAACGUGAUCCAGUGGGAUGACCAGGCGGUGGAGGUCUUCGGGGGCGCCAGCAAGGCGGGCUUUGCCGCCUGUGAGGAAGGGAGGAAGGCAUGAGUGGCCCCUUGCCCCCUCCCCAAUGCCAAGGAGCCCGGCAGCAGCCCCAAAGCAGGGAGCCCCUUUCUCCCCUCCCAGACCACUGAUCCUCACCGGGGCGGUGCUUGAGGCCUCCAUGCUGGCAUCCCGGGAAGUCAGGGGGCCCUGACAGCCUCCCUCUUGCCCCCAUGCCAGCAGUGUGGCUUGUCCCCCCUCCCGGCAGAUCUGCCCCCGGGUCUCGCCUUGCCCUGGUUUUAUUUCAGGAGGACCUCACCAUACCCACUGGUGUCUCCAGUAUGGCGAGGGUCUCUGCCUUGUCAGCCCCAACGGGGAGUGGGAAGGUGACCUCUGUCCAUCCCAAGCAUAGUCUGGCCUCGGUGGGAUGCCAGUGUGUGGGCAUCCUCCGAGUACACCCCCUUCCCUUAUUUAUUUCUAGAGCCCCACUAUGUGGUUUUGUGAGCCCAUAACUCCAAAUGAGCCCAAAUGCUUGGCCAGGAGCAUCUUCCCCUCCAGCCCCAUCCCUUCUUCCCCUCCCACCCUGAUUUUCCAAGCGUGGCCCCGGGGAGGGAGCAAUGUCAGGGGGCCAGGGGGGCAGCUCUCCCCCCCUUGCACCCCUUCCCCUGCCCCUGCUGCCUGUUUGGGCAGGGCUGCCCGAGGGGAGUCUGUUUUUGGGGGCAGAGGGAAGCAGAAUGGGACUCCCCCAGUUGAGGGCAGGGGGGCAGUUGGCCACUGAGGGAAUGUGGGGAAAGCAGCAAAGCAUCUCCCCCAUCUCUGGUCGAGGAGGGGGGAGCACAACCCUGAUAUCAACGGGAAUGAAAGCAAGAAAAAAAAAAAAAGAGACAGAGGAUGGUGGUGGCCAGAGGAGUCCUGGCCCCCAUCCCCUGGCCUUUUGGGCACUAAAUGGGGUUGCUGCCCUCACCUCCACCUGGGUCCCCCGCUUUGAGCUUCUCCCAGCAAGGGACAGGGCUGCCACCGGCCUUGAAACUGGGGAGGGUGAUGGGGCGGGCUGGUGUUUUCCCCGUGGAGUGCCUGAGAAUACGCUGUUUCCACGCUGCGUAGUCACAGACGUCUUGAUACGUGAGUGUGUGUGUGUGUGUGUAUCUGGAAGGGGUGGGAGGGUUAUUUCAGGGGUCUCGUGGUUGCUCAAAUCGGUGUCCAGCUUCCAGUGCUCCCCCCUGCCCCAAGUCCCACUUCGUGCUUUCGGCGACGGCUGCCCCCCAGCCCCGGGGAGGUGAAGCAGGCAGAGGGGACAGACCUGCCACCCACCAUCACUUCCCCCAGGCUCCCCGUCGGUGAUGGGGCAGCUCAGCCCACCGGGGGGGACGUGGUGGGGAUGGGGUACAGCCCUUGUGCCAAGUGGGAAACACUGUGACCUUCGUGCACCCCGAUGAGCUGCCCCCUCUUCCUCGCUCGCUCGCGCGCUUUCUCUAAUGCACGUUUGUGAAAGGGGCCCCUGACGUGCGCCUGUGUUGGGACAUUUCUUUUGUAAAGCUGAUCAUGGACAAUAAACGUGACGUUUUCUGUUCGA